AUGGCUACCACACUCUCGUUCCUGUCCGGUCUGCUCGUCCUGCUCUACCUCUCCACCUUCGUCGUCUUCGCCCUCCUCCGCAUCGUCACGGGCAUCUCCAUUCAGCGCCUGGGGUGGUACGGUCUGCGCCGCAUAUCUUUCACCCCCAAAGACGGCAUCCGCCUUGACCUCCGCGGCCUGAGGAUAUCGCUACAUCGCCCAACCUUCGCCCAGCCCACCUAUGUCAGCCUCGUUCUCGAAGAGCUCAAGGUCUCGGUCGACCUCAACAAGUUGGGACCAACCCCGCCCAAAGCCUCAGCGUCGAAACCUCACGCGAAUGGAUCGUUGUCACACACAAAGGAGGGAGACAAGGCAAAGGGGGAAUUCAAGAAGGGACACAAGAGGAGCAGGACCUGGCAGAAGCUGACGGAGACAAAGGAGCAGAUAAAAAAGUUGCACAGGAAGCUCGACUACAUCCGUUUGUUUGACGUGGUCGCGACCUCGACGUCGCUGGUCAUCCAGGAUGUCGGCACCAUCCAGGUUGCUCAGUUCACCGCUGCCGUCGACACCAGGAGGAAGAUGGUCGACCGCAGCCGGCUGUUCCAGCACAGGCGCGCCAAGUCCGAGCAGCAAAGCCCUGCGGAAUGGAUCUUUACUGUUCGGAAUAUCCUCUUCAGCCCGGAAGGCCAGGAGUCUACCGAGAUUUUGGACCACCUCACGCUUAAUGUCCACGGAUUGUUGUACAAAGAAUUGGACGGACUACGUGACGCUACUAUUGCCCUCAAGUUGGGACGCUUUAAUGUGCCAUUUGAUGAUAUCCACACAUGCUUAGAGAGGGUCAAGGAGAAAAAGAAAACAGACGUUAGCAAUGAGGCUGCAGGGAAGGGCGCUCGCUAUUCAUUAAAUGAUGUGAUGGAAGAGUUGGAACGUCCAGGGAGCCGCGAUGAGGAAAUCGUGCAGACUGUCUCGGAUUCUAAGGAGUUUGCCAGUUCGCUCCUGCGUGGAAUCCAGGAGAUCCAGUUUGCUGUCAGCUUCUUCGGCGUGACAAAGCGGAUUCGGGACGGAAGCACCAAGGAAAGCCCGGUCUUCCUGAACAUGUCCAUGAAGGAGUUUGGAUUUGACCUUCUUCGUCUGGAUCCGCGGAGCCCGGCACACCUCAUGUAUUUCGCGCCUCACGACAUUGCCCACCAGGCGCUCAUCGCAGCCAUUGCGAUAUCUGUGGGAAUUGACCACGGGCAGGACCAUCCGGAAAGGCUUCUGUACAUCCCCAUGGCGACCAUGACACUCAAGACCACGCUUCCCUCGAAAACCAUCCAGAUCGACCGCGAAAGAGACGUCACUGAACGCAACACCAACAUUCUGUUUGCCAACUUUGUUGUCACUUCUCCGUCCCUGGAUCUUGACCCGAGGCAUCUGCCUUUAAUACUCGCACUACUGCAGACUUCAGGCCGUAAGAAGGCUCCAAAGCGGGACCCACACGACACUCGGCAUAUUGCCUCUCGCUUAUUGCCCAAAGCAAACAUCAAGUUCUCUAUUCAUGAGCCUGUCAUCAGAGUUACUCUGCCUCCGCUGCAGCCCGACAAGAAAGACAGCGGUGAAUUCGAUCUGUUGAUCUCCAACAUGUCGUCUGUAUCUCUGGAUUUGGAAUCCUCGCAUUCAGCCGGAGGAGAGCUGCACUAUUCCCUGUCAUCUUUCUUCCGUCUGGCUUCUCACGAGCUCUACUAUCAGACAGCUUCCGGUGAGAAGCAUAAUCUUCUCGUUACGGACGCGACGGAGUUCAAGGUUCAACUAGAUGCCUCACCUGAGGUGUCGGUUGUGGUUGGCCUGAAUUUCGAAACGUUCAACAUCUUCAUGGUCCGUCCGGAGAUUAGCGAAGGUGUGCGCCAGAUCGUCGCUCAAUUGCGUACAUACGAGGCGUCCAAAGCGGGUAGAUCUUCGUCGAAGAACAAGCCGAAUUUCUUACGGAAAUUGCCGAAGUGGCUCACCCAUUUCCAGGUGCAGGGAGCCGAUUUCAACGUGGAAGUUGCCGGUAUCGAUCAUGAUGUUUCGGAGCAUUCCCGCGGCUGUGCACUGCAUUUGGAUUCGUGGUCGGCAGAGUACAAGGCUGACAAGACGGAGGAUGCUGGAUCGCGGAUUUCGCGGCGUAGGAUGACCAGCAGAACGGUGCCCACCGAAUCUCAGUUGAGAGCGUCGUCCCCAUACUCGCCUCCGUCAUCGCCAGCGCCGCGUAAAAGAAACCUCACCGAGACCGACGGCAGGCGCUUGGCAAUCCACAUUGCAGGGUUGGAAGGGUUCGUCAUCGAAUCUUCUGAUUCCAGAGAAGAGGAGUCCUUCCUCAGACUGCCACGCUUCGAGGUGGCAUUCACUACUUCGACCGAUAUCCAAGGACCAGUUUUCCAUGUCAACGCUUUCGCUCAGAGUCUUUUCGUUCACUACUCUUUAUACAGACACUUUGCGAUUGGCGUUGCCUUGAUGGUGUUGCAAAGAGCCUUUGUGAAGCAGUACGCCGAUCGAGACUUUGCUGGUCCUACUCCUGCAGCACCACGGACACAUCAGAGACAUUUGACGGUGCCGGAUGCCUCCGAAGCCGCCGAUACUGUGUCAACAACGCCGGCUGCACCCUCAAAGCCGGAAAUUGUUACGCUGGACUUCCGUGUCGCGUUCAUCCAAGCCAAAGCCACCAUGCCUGGUGACCCUCCGUUGAUGCUCCAGAUCCAAGGCUUUGAUGCAGGACGUCACAGAUGGGCGUCACCAUUCGCUCGUGCCAAGAUGCUCCGCUUGUACACCGAGGCUCCCGGUCUCAAGAGGGUCUGGGCUCGUAUGGUCAGCAUCAAGGGGCUUCGCGUCGACCUCAGAUCCUCAAGGCGCAAGAUCGGCGCCACCGUUACUGAAGAGAAGUCCAUUGAUGUUGCAACAGAGGCUGUUCGCAUCGCCGUGCCACACCAACUGGUCGUCCACCAUAUCUUUGACAACAUCACGAACACCAUCAAGACCGUUGAGCAGCUUCACCAUCGCUUCAAGACCCAGUCCAACGAGUACGUCCUGGAAAAGCCGCCGGAGGGUCCGAAGAAAGUGCCGAGAAUCUCUAUUCGCAGCCAGGCCCUCCUGUUUGAGAUCGAGGAAGGUGGAUUUGAAUGGAAGCUUGGAACCAUCUUCCGACUCGGUAUGCUCGAGCAGAGGCAGAGACUUGCGAGAGAGGAAGCGUUCGAAAUCAAAGCCAGAAAGCUUGCAGAAAGCGAUGUACGCCGUGGUAACACCAGCAAUCGGGCGAGAUCUGCACACCCUCGUGGGCGCAGUGCGCAAAGACGAGACCCUGAUGUGGGACGAAAGAGCCAAAGUGCUGACCGUGAGUCACGCAUUACAUCUCCCCCAGAGCGUGGGCGCGGUAUGCGUUACGACGUGGACGGUACGGCAGAACUGGACGACACUGCGAGAAUCCACAUCGAGCAAGCCCGCGAAAAGUUGAACAGGCUUCACGCGCAGAGCUGGAAGAGAAGGAUCGACCAAGGCCUGAAGUUCCAAAACACAGCUGUCAAAGACAUCCGCUCCAUGUUCUGGGGUAUCGACGAUAUGCCCGAGGAGCCCGAGCAAACCGAGACCAUUCUGGCGAUUCCUCAGCGACCUGCGCUGUUGGCCUUCCUGCUCAGCGACCUGAACUUCAUUGUCGAUAAACCGAGCUUCCCCAUUUCAGAAUUGCCCGCUUAUCUGAACCGGAUUGGGAAGGGCAUGCCUUUCGACAUGCAAUACUCAUUGCUCAUUCCCAUGAAUGUCCAGAUCAACGCGGGCGAGGCUCGUUUGACUCUGAGAGAUUACCCUCUUCCGUUCGUCCACGUGCCUGCAAUCCGUUCUGGACAAUCUGCCCGUAUCCCUAGUCUGUCUCUCAAGACCGACUUUGUCAUUGCCGAAGAAUACAGGGAUAGAGAAUCCAGCCGGUUGCUCGAUGUCGAGGUUGUACCUCCGGAGAUUUCGGAGUCGGGAGAGAAGAGCGGUGGCUUUUCCGUCAGCGUCCGCCGUACCAUCGCCCCGGUCAAGACAUACUCGGAUAUGAAGGUGGAGGUCAACACGAAUUACCCGACAAGAAUCACGUGGGGCACUUCAUACCAGCCUGCCAUUCAGGAUAUGAUGCAAGUCAUCGAAGGUUUCUCCAAGGCAGCGAUGGAUCCUUCCGACAAGGUUGGUUUCUGGGACAAGAUCAGACUGUCCUUCCACUCGAAGAUCAAUAUUGCAUGGAAGGGCGAUGGAGACGUGCAUGUCAUUCUCAAGGGAUCCCGUGAUCCUUACAAGGUCACUGGAGACGGCGCUGGCUUCACUCUCUGUCUGCGAAACGAUGUUCAGCUGAAUAUCUGCCAAGAGGAUGAUCCGAAGAAAUUCCUCACCGUGGACAGCGGAGUCGCCAUUUUCGCUGUUCCAGACUUGAGCCACUAUGCACGUAUGGUGGAGCAAGAAGAGUCCGACUCGGAAAGCAUCAUCAGCGGUUCCAGCUUCAAGCAAGGGGCUUCGUUCCGGAAGACGGCAAUGAAGCUUUCUGGAAACGUCAGGGUGAUGAUCGGUCUUGUGUUCGAGCGUGAGGACAAUGGCAAACGUUCGUUCGAUUUCGGACCCCAUUACGACGUCAUUCUCAAACAUCCGGAUUACGCCAAGCCGUUCGAGGGCAAGGAAUACGAUGCGUUUAGAGACUUCCGCAGUCAUCACAUCCACAUGUCCGUGGCCAUUGCUGCUCCGCACGACAGGGACUGGUCGGUCGCAAAUACCAAGGCUUCUUCGAACUACAACAGUGUCCACCUCACGCCCAGAUUCUUCAGCCAUUUCUACAGCUGGUGGUCGUUGUUCUCCGGCGCCAUGUCUCUGCCAGUCCGACAAGGACCUCUCUGGCCGGGUGUGGAGAAGUCUGGCAAGAAAUUCGGCCGUCAUCUUGCUACUAUCAAGUUCAGCAUCCUUUUAUCGCCGCUUUACCUGAGCCACAUUUACAAGCACAAGGAUCCUGACGACUAUGGCAAGAAUGUGGUAUCUGCAACCGGAUUGAAGGCCCGACUCGACAGCUUUAUGGUCGAUAUCCAUAUGCGACGGGAGGAGUUCAGAACGUCAGCGCAAAAUGCAAACAAGCCGGCUACAACCACGGGAAUUCGCAUCAACCAGGUUCAACUGGAUUUCAUCUCGGCAGAUAUUCGAGCUGUCGCAGCGACCAUCAACGGCGCUGAGCAAAGUGACAUUGAAGAGGCUACGGAAGAGACUCUGGCUUCCUACCAGAAUCAAGACGAUCCUCAAGUUGAUCUUUCGAAGUUCACCAUUCCUGACAAUGACCUCUCAUGGGUCGACAUGGAUGACUUCGUCGAGCUGGAUUGGAUCCUUCCAUCCGAAAGUAACCCUGAGACCAAGAUUCUUCCUCUUGCUUGCAUGCCUCGCUUCACCUACUUCCGCCAAACGGAUCACCAGGACAACAUCUCUGGCGACCCGCACAGAUCCAGUCCCUUCGGAAACGAGCCGACGCACUACUGCGUCAUGUCGAAGGAAAACGAUCCUCGUCGUGUCCAGUGCAACCUGAUUUCAGAUCGUCUCAAGAUAGUCCUUGAGCAGAUUGAGCAAAGCCAACGCGAUAUCGGUGAGCAGCAACUCAGGAUCCUUCGGUCUACCAGUGAGGACGAUUGGGAGCUUGAAGAGAGGUUGGGCGUUUACCAGCACCACCACGAAAAUCUCAAGAGGAAGCGCGACAUUCUUCAGUCCAUGCACACUAGUUUGAUCAAUCGCCUGGAACGGGAUGAUCGAUCGGCUGUCCCGCGAUCUGAGGGCGACGACCAAUACCUUGAGGCUCCAGAGAUGUACGAUGCUACCGACAAGGACACGAAGGGAGUUGACGCGACGCCUCUUGCGGAUUACAUCAGCGACUUCAACAACCGUUUCGUGAUCCACAACGCUCAGGUGAAGUGGAAUAACGCUCUCAGGAACAUCAUUCUUCGCUAUGUCCAUCAAGUCAGCCAACGCCGCGGUUUCGUCUACUACAUGUCGAGAAGAGCAGUCAAAUUCAUUCUUGACAUCGCCGAGGAGCAGAACAAAGCGGAAGAAACGCCACAAACGCCUGAAAUGAGACCACGAACCACGUCGACGCCGUUAUCGCCUCAAGCUGAUGAUGACAUGGAUGUCAAAGACCGCAUACAGCAGCUGCUUGAAGAUGGCAAGAAGUUCGUCAACGCAAACGAUCCUGAGCCGGCCAACGAGGACUCAUCGAAGCCGAAUGCGGACAAUGCCAAUGAAGAUAUCGCACAGGAGUUCACUGCACAAAAUGCAUACCACGUCCGUCUCAUCGCACCCCAGAUCCAACUGCAGAGCGAGAAGAACCCGAAGUCGGCUGUCCUGGUCACUGCAAAGGGUAUGCAGCUCAAGGUCAUCGAGGUCAUGGACAAGGACAAUGUCGAAGACGACGUCAGCGGUCUCGUUCAGCGUCGUUUCUCUGCUGCCAUGGACAGCCUGCAGAUCUUUGUCACCAGUACGAAGACUUUCUCGACCGAAUAUCUGCACAUGUACUCCGGCAACACGUAUGGAACUGCUGCGGGAACUUCUUGGCCACCAUGGGUGCCUUUCGAGGUCAUGUUCGAGUUCGACACGAAUCCCUACGGCUUCUCAAGGGUCGUGCAGAGAACUUCGGCCAGCUUGAGAUACGACAAGUACAACACGCUGCGUCUCAAGUACAACGAAGAUGUCAGUGGCGAGGAUCCUGGCGAUGUGAACUGCAUCGAUGGCACGGAAAGUCGCGUUGACCAUCUCUGGGUUGAGUUCCCCCACGUGCGCGCUGUCUGCGACUCCAUGCAGUACUACGCCGUGUACAUCAUCGUCCUUGAUCUGCUCCUGUACAGUGAACCUCUUGAGAGACAACGGAACGAGAAGCUCGAGAAGAUCAUGCUCGCGUCUGACUUCAGCGAUCUCGACGGUGCACCAGAGCUCGUCAUCUCCCUUCAGGAACGGAUCAACCAGCUCGAGGAAAUCAAGACUCGCUUCCAAAUCCACGAACAGUACCUCGACCGUGAGGGAUGGAAGAACCGCAUCGAGCUGGAGAGACUGCUGUCUGAAAACGAAGAGGAGCUGUUCUUCAUGAUGAAGGCCAUCACGACUGCUCAGCGGAAGAGCGAAGACCGUACUACCGAGGCCACGCAACCCACAGGACUCCUUCGCUACCUCAUUACCGCCUCGGAAAUUGUCUGGCAUCUGGUCCGUGAAGGCAAGGAAUCUCUUGCCGAGGUUCAGCUCGGAAAUGCAUCGUUCGACCGCACUGACAACAGCGAUGGUUCAAACCUCAAUUCUCUGGAGGUUGAGCGCAUUCAUGGUCUGAACUUGCUGCCAGAAGCCGUUUACCCUGAGAUGAUCGCGCCGUACUUGGAUGAGAAGGCGACAGCUGGUGAUGGCAGGGAUACCAAGAUGCUUCGCAUCCACUGGUACAUGCUUGAGGCUAUUGCCGGUAUCCCGGUCAUGGAUCACUUCGAGGUUAACGUCUUCCCUCUCAAGGUCCAGCUCGAACACGAGAUCGGCAAGAAGCUUUUCGAGUACAUUUUCCCUGGAGUGGAAUCCAAUGCGUUCGAUGAGGGUGACUUCUCGCCCUUCAUGGUCAAGCAAAUGCUCCCUGCGGAAGAGGGACAGAAUGGUGAAGGUGAAGGAGAGUCUCCGAUUGGCCAAGCUUCCCCUGAGGUUCCUACCGGCCCACAGUCGCACCGCGCCUCCAUUGAUGGAUCGGGCCCUGGCGCAUUGGAGCUGCGCCUGCAGCCGACGCUUGCGCUUCCUGAUGAAGUCCGUCCGAAAUCGUCGUCUGGUUUGUCUUCUCGCAAGGGCAAAGAGGGCGGUGGAGGUCUGGACUUUGCAUCUUUCAAGAUGUUCGAUGCAUCCAGCCGUGCCGGUACGAGCCUGUUUAGAAACCUGCAUACUUCGGCUGGUCCCAAGGAUACUUCGGAUACUCUCACCAUCAACAAUGGACGCCCUUCGAGCCGCCGGUCUUCUGCAACUAAACUGAGCGGCACGAACGAGGAGAAGUCGAAGAACCGCUUCGCGAUGACGCGCGCUCCGAGCUCGAACAGGAAAGAGAAGUCACAGGCGGACGACAUCAGCCAGAUGAUGAAGCGCGCAUCCAACUACAUGACGUUCGCGUACAUCAAGAUCCCCAGCAUGGUGCUGUGCCUCAGCUACAAGGGCAAGGGCAACCGCAACUUCGAGGACAUCCACGACCUCGUCUUCCGCAUGCCGACCAUGGAGUACCGCAACAAGACGUGGUCGAACCUCGACCUGGCCAUGGCGCUCAAGAAGGACGUCAUCCGCGCGCUGGUGUCGCACACAGGCGCCAUCCUCAACAACAAGUUCUCGCACCACCGCCCCAAGGAUAAGGGCCGCUUCAAGCAGAUCACGAACCCGUCGAUCCUGCUCAACACGAACGGCGGCGGUGGCAGCGGCGACGCGUCGGCGACGACGAGCGACAAGGACAGCCUGCGCGACCGCAGCCCGGGUGACACGUCGUCGGCGGCCGACGAGCCGCGGCGCAGCUUCACGUCGGGCCGCGAGAGCCAGCUCAGCCACGCCGACUCGUACAGCUCGAGCGCACGCAGCGUAACGGGGGCGACGUGGACGAACGGUACCCCCGGCGGCUCGGGCAGCAACCUCGUGGCCAGCAGCGCGCGGUCGAUGAUCGAGGACCCGGGCAGCUUCGCCGACGAGCUGUCGCAGGUGGAUGACAGGGACACGGCGAGCAUCAGGCAUGGCCCCAACACGCUGCAUCGCGCCAUCACGGCCAUGAGCUCGCGCUCGCGCGAGAAGGAGCUGGAUGAGACGGAGGAGGUGAAUCGGAUGAAGAGUCGGUUGUUGCUUGGCAAGAAGUUUGCGAGGGCGUUGGGGCAGCAGAAGGGGGGUGAUGGGGGGAGGUAG